AUGUCUGGCUGCCUCCAAGGUGCAAGUUCCAGACGCCGGAAGAAAGAGAAGCAGCUCCAGCUGGUUUUGACAGGUGUUCAUCUCGGUGGGGCCACACUGACCAUGCUCAGGAGCUUCUGUCUCCAGCUCAUGUCCUUGAUUUGGAUCCUCUUGGCCCAUCACCAGCUUGUGCAAGGUGAUGACUGCAGUGAGCGCUGUAAUCUCGCCCAUGGUUGCUGUGACCAGGAUGGGAAGUGCAGGUGUGAUCCAGGCUGGGAGGGCGAGUACUGUGAGGAGUGCGUGCGUAUGCCGGGGUGUCUCCACGGGACGUGCCACCAGCCUUGGCAGUGCAUCUGUCACACUGGCUGGGCCGGCAAGUUCUGUGACAAAGACAUACACAUCUGCGAACACCAGUCCCCAUGCCAGAACGGGGCUCAGUGCAUCUAUGAUCGAGAUGGGGAAUAUUCCUGCUUGUGUCCAGAAGGUUUCCAUGGAAAGGAUUGUGAGAUGAAGACAGGGCCUUGUGAGAAGGCAGGGUCUCCGUGCAAGAAUGGUGGGCAAUGUCAAGACGAAAAUGGCUUCGCCAGCAACUUCACCUGCCGGUGUCUCGCUGGCUUUGUGGGGGCUCUCUGUGAGCAUGACGUGGACGACUGCCUGAUGCGCCCCUGUGCCAACGGUGCCACCUGCCACGACGGCAUCAACCGCUUCUCCUGCCAAUGCCAGGUGGGCUUUGAAGGGCGUUUCUGCACAAUCAACAUCAAUGACUGUGCCAGCCAGCCGUGCAAAAAUGGAGCAAAGUGCUAUGACCGCAUCAAUGACUAUGACUGCUUGUGUCCUGACCGUUUCACUGGCAAAACCUGUGAGAUCUCCGUCCCAGAGCCCACCUGGUCUCCACCCUACCACCCUGCAAACCACGAGAAUGGCGGGGCUGUGGAAAGCACCACCAGUGAGAUGCCGGGCGUGACGCAGCCAGAGCCUGUCAGGACCGCGGUCACGGGGCGGCGCGUGGCCAACCACAGUGAGAAAGAGCUGGGGGGAGGGUUGUUGAAAAUCUCUGUGAAGGAGGUGGUGACCCAAAGAGACUCUGGGCUGAGCGAAGCCCAGCUGGUGACAGUGCUGGUGUUUGGGGUGCUGACAGCAGUGCUGGUCCUCAUCACUGUCCUGCUAAUGCUGAGGAACUGGCAGAGGGGCCGUCAGAGGUCGAACUGGUGCCAAAGCCCUUCUCAGGCUGCAAGGAAGCUCCAAGACCAGGAGUGUCAGGUGGGCAUGCUCAACACCAUCUUGAUCGAGCCAAGGAAGACGACAGAGCUGUGAGCUGCGAGGACUCUGAGCCAGGCCCUGGCAGGUCAUCAUGCUGGCAAACCCCUCAAACUGCAUCCUGGGGAGCCACACUGUCACCAACCGGGCAGCGGGGAAAGGCUUCCAGGGCAGCAAACACAUCAACAAAACCCUGGGUGUUGAGCACUGGUGUGAUGGCCCUGCUCGGGUCUCAGCUGUCUCCUGCCAGGCUGGCUCAGCUGGCACCCACGGGCACCUGAAUGGGCUGUGUUGGGCCAGCCCUGCAAGGGAGCAGUGGUGUGCUGCUCAAGGCAGCCCAUGUCAUGCAGCGCCAGUAUCAUCUGACAGGAGCCCUCAGAAACAGGACAGGUAGUGCUGAGGAAGGCACAGCCCUCUUGCAAGCUGAAAUACUGCCAGGCCCCUUGUAACUCCUCUCUGUGACUACUAGGAGGGGUUUGUCCUCAUUUCUGAUGGUGUUGGGAUAUUUCUUCUGGGGCCUUUGGGAUGGUUGCCUCCCUGCCCCAGUACUGGAUGGGGUAGUUCCUGGCUGUUUCUUGAGGCUGUCAUUUCAGAUGCCAUGUCCCUAGGGAGCAAACAGAUUCCCUUGCUCCCUGGUCUUGUGGUUCUGAGCCAGUUCAAACAGACUC